AUGGUUAAUAAAUUUGAAAGCCUUCCAAAUGAAAUAUUUAUUGAGAUUUUAUCUUAUACAACUUGCGUUGAUGCAGCCAUCGCAUUCUUAAAUUUGAAUCUACGUUUUCAAAGUUUACUUGCUGAAUUUUGCCGUAAAUUCGACUUUACAUCAAUCAGUAAGAAGAACUUUGAUACCAUUUUUCAAUAUCAGAACACCGAUGAAUGGCAUUCAAUGAAGCUUUCCGAUGCUGAGCAUACACCAGGGCAAGUGGCUUAUUUCUUUGAAAACCAUGGUUUUAUCGAUAAAUUCUCACAACUACGAUCUUUAUCUAUCGUUAACAUAAUACCAAAUUAUCCUUGUCCAUUAUUUACUCAACUUCCAUGUCUUUCAAAUUUGGUAUCACUCGAGAUUGAAUCAUUAUGCGGAGAUAAUAUUCCAGAAUUCGAACUUCCAAAUUUGAAAAAGCUCACUUUCACUUCAUGUCCCAAUACAUGUUGGCUUAAAAAUUUCACUGGACUUGAAACGAUUAAAUAUACAAUGGCAGGUCGUUGCACGGAAAAUAAACUAUUAGUCUGGUCGUGCGCAUUAAAACAUCUGAAGAUCAUUUAUGAAGAUUAUCGAGACUGUGCACUUAUUCAACCGUCAUUGACAAAUCUAUCUCAAUUAGUUGACCUUGAAGUAUAUCAGAAGGAACCAGGAGGACCAUUCCCCUAUGGUGAAACAUGGGCACAAAUGAUAUCUGCGUCAGUUCCAUCCUUGAAAAACUUUAAGUUCGUUUUUCAAAUCUUAUGUCGUGAUCACCAAUUGAACCAACUUAGACAAGUUAUGGCUUCUUUCUCUACGCCAUUCUAUACUUUGGAAAAGAAUUCCUUCGUACGUUUUAAUGUGUCUGGUCAGCAUGAAAUACCUAUGCAUGAUGUGGAAUAUGGCACGUAUAAUAGCGAUAUGAGACACGUUAUUCUUUAUACAGUCCCAUUCUCUUUUGAAGUAUUUACUGUUUUUAAAACUUUUUCAAAAACGAAGACUUUAGAUUGGCCGAAGAACGAUAUUGAUUAUCGAAGUAUCAACAUGCGCACAAACAUCAAUACAUUGCUCGUCAAAAGUUAUUCAGUGCCUGAUCCUAUGCUUGAUGGAAGUUCUGUCAUCAAUUUGAUAAUCCACACUUCUUUCGAUGCUCUAGCGUGGACCCAUAUCUUGACUAAAUUACGGCACAUAGCUAUUGGCGAUGGUGCAUCAUUAUGCUUAGAAGAUUUUAAUAUUUUAUUGGACACUGCCCCACAUCUAUGUUCAUUAGCCGUCAAAAAAAGUACACUAAAAGCAUUGACAAAUAAUUGGACUGAUAUAUGCAUCUGUCGUCAUCUCUCACGAAAGAUUCGUUCAUUAACUUUUAGUUCGAACCGAAAUUCAUCACAAUUUUUUGAGAAAAAUGAAUUGGAAAAAAUUUUGCCAAUUUUCUCUUCACAAUGUCAGCAUUUGUCGUUAGGUGUUCAUUCACAUAGCAAUACAAUUGAUUUUAUUUUACGUAAGAUGCAACAUUUGAUCAGUUUACAUGUGCAUAUCCAACGAAAAAGCGUUCCGUCAAUUACGAUAGAAUGGUUAGAACAACAAAACACACGAUUCAAUCGCACCAACUGUAUUAUUAAAAAUGCUCGACAAGAUCAUUAUUUUUGGUUGGGAUAA